UUUUUACAGAUGAUUCUGGAGAAACGCCAGUGACAAAUUUUGCCGGCUUUGAUGGAUCAAUCGCUCUCACCAUGGGAUUGAGACAACACAAGAGGUUUCACAGAGCUCGUAACUUUGCUGAAGCGAAUUCAACAAGUGAGCUCAUCACACCUUCAAAGCCAUCUGACGACUGCCUGGACGUUCGAUUCGAUGACCAUGAACCAUCAAAGAUGACCCUUUGGACUCAAAUCUGUGGGAUGUUGGCAGGAAACCUCUUUCAUCUCUCUGGUGGAUACGCCAUGGGAUUCACUUCUCCAACGCUUGAUCAACUUCGCGAUGAUUUUGACAUUAGCAUGGACACUGCUACUUGGGUUGCCAGCACGCUCAUGAUAGGCUACAUCAUCGGUUGUGGCUUGGGUGGGCCCAUCAGUGAUAUCAUUGGGCGUAGACGCUCCUUGCAACUCUACAGCUUUAUCAGUAUCUGUGGUUGGAUGAUGGUCACGUUCGCCCAAAACUCCCAAAUGUUAUUAAGCGGACGUUUCGUUCACGGCCUAGCCGAUUCAUUGGCCGUGGCUCCCGCCAUUCUGUUCGUCGCAGAAGUCUCUCAUGUCAGAUUCAGGGGUGUGUUCAUGACCUUUGCCACCAUUUGCGCCACAUUAGGCGUACCCAUAGUCUACAUCAUCGGAUCAUACGUUCCUUGGCGAUACACGGCCUUCAUUGGGGCUACAACACCGUUCACGAUUUUUGGCCUCUUAGCUUUCUCUCACGAAUCGCCCAUAUAUCUCAUGAAGAAAGGCCUCGUCGAUGAGGCCUGGAAUGCUCUAGUGUGGUAUCGAGGACAGGAGUUUGAUGUGGGGAACGAGAUUUGCGAGAUUCGAGCCGAAAAUGAAGCCUCUUACCAAGAGUUUGUGGAGACAAAGCGGUCCCACUUUGUCUUAGUCGAAAGGGACACGAUUCGACCGGCUUGCAUCGCCAUCGGCCUCAUGGGUUUAUUGCCCAUGUCAGGGCUCUUCAACAUCACCUUUUUUGCAGCCGAUAUCAUUAAAGAUUUGGGCUUUGACACCAAUCAAAAUGCCAUGUCUGUGGUGAUUGGACUCUUACGGACCUUGGGCUGUGCAAUUUCUGUGUUUACCAUUCAGAAAUAUGGUCGGAGACGGUGUAUGUUGGUGUCAGCUGUUUGGGUCACUCUGUCGAUGAGUGUGGCCACUUUGGGUGUGGUAUAUCAAGAGCACUUCCAGCAAACGGAAAACACCGUAUUGAAUGAAGCUUUAAAUCUCACCAUAGUGGGUGGGUUGUUCUCAUUCAUGUUCAGCGUAGGAAUGGGCAUGAAUCCUGUGCCAUGGAUCCUUCUGGGGGAAUGGUUCACUCCAGUUAAUCGGGCCUUCAUCAACAGCUGUGGAACUGCAUUAUUCUUCGGGAGUUGUUUGAUUACAAUUCAGGUAUCAGAGUUUCUCCAAAACCAAGUCGGCAUGUCUGGAGUGUUAUUUUCGUAUAGUAUUUGGUCUACAAUCUUCACUGCGAUUGCUUUCAUGUGGGUUCCUGAGACCUUUGGUGGAUUAUACCACGCAACCAUUCCCUUGUUGAAUGAAGUGGUAGUUGACGACGAUGAUGACGAGUCAAUUCAGUUGUCAGAGGAUGUUUAAAAUCAUAGAAUUGCACAUUCAUGUUCAUUUAACUUUAAACUAUGUACAAAACUAUUUUUACAUUCCAAUUAAAAGAAGACAAUGGUGGUUAUCGAAA